GACUAUUCAUCUACUGCGGGCUGGGAAUCUUACUACACAAAAGACCAAAUUAAAAUACCUCUGACCGAAUGGCAUUCGUCUGUUACGUUGGAAUCCCUGGCUAAUCAUGUGCCAGCGUGGGCAAGCUCAUGCUUGAUGAUUGGUUGUGGAACAUCACAUUUCCCUGAAGUCGUCCGGGCAGGGCACACAGCCAAAAUAGUAUUGCUGGAUUCCUCUCCGACUUGCAUAAGAGAGCUCAAGUCACGAUACGGCUGCAGUAUGUGCUGUAUAUGCGGCGAUGCUACUAGACUGUCUGAACUCGUGGAACCGGAUUCUAUGGACUGUAUCUUUGACAAGGGGUUGAUGGAUGCCUUUUUCUGUGGGGAUGGCUGGACCACACCAACUGAAGCUCUGUUGAAAGGGGCGUCGUCGGUUUUACGUGAAGGUGGCAUUUAUUUGCUUGUCAGCUAU